UAAACUUUAUUAACCAUGGUCAACUAUGUUUAUAAUUAAUAAUUUGUUUACAAUUUCUUUAUUUCGUUUAUUUAUUAAAUAAUUAAAUGUAAAUAGUGAAUGUGAUUUAUAUUUCAAAUUUACAACCUCAGAAAAUCAAUAAUUUAAUGUUAUUUUCAUGCUUUUCUCCAAAAAAUUUGAUUUUUUAUAACCUCCAAAAGUAAAAGAGAAAAACGAAAUUUUAAAUGUAAAUUGAAUUAAGUUUACAAUAAAUAAAAACAAAAUGUCACUAUCUCCACAAGAUUUGGUACAAUUGUUAGACAUUGUAAACGAGGAUAAUGUUAACAUUAAUUUUGAAAAUCUUUCAAAUCAAUUACAUCAAAAAUUUCCCAAGGAGAAUCAUUUUAAGAUUGGAAUGACUCUUUUAUUAUUAUUACAACACAAUGAUCUUCUUUCUAAUCAAAUUCAACGUGUUAUUGCCGUUGGUCUUUUAUACGAUCUUUAUCGUGGCGAAUCAAUAGCCACGACACCAUUUGCAUCAGUAUUUGUACAAAUUUUAAAAUCACCCGAGGAAUCAACAAUUGUCGGAAAAAUCAAUAAUCCCAGUCAUGUGCCAGCAUUAUCACAAUGUGAAAAAAAUUUACUUGCCGGAUUAUUGGGUCCAAAAAGUAAUGAAAUAAUGAAAAAAUCACCAAGACAAGUGAUUGAUGAACUUUAUUUUGUACCAUCGGCACAACCUGAUUUAACAAGUUUACAAUUACAAAUAAUUGAACGUCAAUCGGAACUUCCGGCAAUGACAAAAUGUGGUAAUCCAGUAAUUUUACCAGAAAUUGAACAUAUCAAUUCAAAAGAUAAUGAUAAAAAUGCAAGUAAAAAAAUAAUUGACGAAUUAAUUACUGGAAAUCCACCGCUUUUUGAACAAAGUUAUCGUCCAGAAUUUCUUCGUUUAGCACCGCCACUUUAUCAAACAAUGAGCAAUCCAAUAUGGAUGAAUUUCACUGAACCAACACAAUUUACAAUUGAAUACGAUACAAGUAUGUGUGUUUCAAAUUGUGCCGGUGCAAGACGAUUAAUGAGUAAAGCAUUUAAAAGUGUAUUAACAUUACAACAACAACAAUAUCUUGUCACUGUUCUUGAAAAAGAUCCAAAACUUGUUUAUCAUAUUGGCUUAACACCAAAUAAACUUCCUGAUUUAGUUGAAAAUAAUCCAUUAAUUGCCAUUGAGGUAUUAUUAAAAUUAAUGCAAUCAAGUCAAAUAACUGAAUAUUUUAGUGUUCUUGUCAAUAUGGAAAUGUCAUUACAUUCAAUGGAAGUUGUUAAUCGUUUAACAACAACAGUUGAUUUACCAACUGAAUUUGUACAUCUUUAUAUUAGUAAUUGUAUAUCAACAUGUGAAACAAUUAAGGAUCGUUAUAUGCAAAAUCGACUUGUUCGUUUGGUUUGUGUUUUUUUACAAUCACUUAUUAGAAAUAAAAUUAUUAACGUUCAGGAAUUAUUUAUUGAAGUUCAAGCAUUUUGUAUUGAAUUUAGUCGUAUUAGAGAGGCCGCUGCAUUAUUUCGAUUAUUAAAACAAUUGGAAUCGGGAGAUGUUGGUGGUCUAAGUACUCCAGUGACUAAAAGUAAAAUAAAUAUGAGUUGAGUGAAUAAACAAUUUUUUGUGAAUAUAAAUAAAGAUAAAUUUGUUUUUUAAAAAAAAAAAGAAAAAUUAUAUUUUUAUCACGGAAAAACUACGUAAAGUACGUAGUACGAGUUUUUUUUCCGUUCAUUUGUAGAAUAUUAUUUAAUUUAUAAAACUUUUUUUUUUUUUUGUUAAUUGUAAAAUAAUAAAUUUGUCGAAUUUGAUAAUUAUAAAAAAAAAUCAAGUUUUGUAUAAUUUAAAGUCUAUACUAUUUUCAGUGGAUCCUUUCCUUUUUGUACUCUUUUUCGUUAAAAUUACGUUUCAUUUUGUUAUAAAAAUAAAAUUAUUCAGCAUAAAUGGAAUAUUUUUAAAAAAAUUUAAACAUUUUCGUUAUCAUAUAUUAUAUUCUUAUAAUUCGUACAUUUUCAAGUUUUUUUUUUCUUUUUUUCUUUAAAUACACUUAUGGAAGUCAUACAUACGCCCAUUCAACAAAAUUGACGCUGUGAAUAUAUUGUAUCAGUAAAUAUAAUAUAUAUAUAUAUAUAUAGAUAAUUCAAUUGCUCUGUGUGUUAAUUUGUUAUUUUGUUUUUAACAAUUUUUUGUGUUGUUUAACAACAAUUUGCUACGUAGUUUCUUAACAAACUGUUUUUCGAAUGAAAUUAUUAAAAAGUUUUUCCAACUAGAAACAUGCGAUUUUUAAAUUUUUUUUUAAUAAAGUUUCUAAAAUUUUUCACAUCUUGUUAAUAAUUUAAAUAUUAAUGUAGUAAUUUUUUGUUGAAUACAAUUUUUCUCGAAAAUUGUAAUUCUUUUUUUUUUUCAUUCGUAAUAACAAUCCAUCAAAUGCUGAGUAAAAUUAAUAUAAAAAGAAGUGUAAUACACUUUAACAAUUUAUUUCUAUAUCAUUCAUUUUGUAAAUUUCGAUUGGAAGAAAGUUAGGAAAAAUAUUGAAAAUAUUAAUUGAAAUUACAUAAAUUAUGUAGAGAUCAACGUAGAUAGUUCAAAAAAAAAAAUGUACACUUUUAUAAUAUCGCUUAAUUAUAUUUUGUAAAAUUAAAAAAAAAUUUAAAGUCUUGAUCAAAAACAUGUUCUUACUUCUUUAAAAAAAAAAGAGAAAAUCUUUUAAAAAAUAAUUUUUAAUUGUUAAAAAUACAAUUUCCACUUCUUUUACUUUAGUAAUAUUAAUUUUUAUAAAAAUGAAUAAUUUUCGUUUUUUUGCAUAAUUUUAAUAAUAAUUUAAUUAAAUGAAAACGACUAUUUUUUGUUUGCAAUUCAGUUUCAUAUAAUGUCUCAAGAGAUAAUGAUCCAUAAUAUUUGGCAUUAAUCACUGAUUAAAUUUAAUGAAAGAAAAAGAAACGAAAAUGAGAAUCUUAAAUAUGUAUGUGAAAUUGCAAAUAAUUAUUUAUAUAAAUUCAUUCAUUCAUAAAUCGUGUUAACUGAUAAUAUACAAAUAGAAAUAGUUUCAACGUUGUGUAUAAGUUACUAUAAAUGACUGUAAAAUGUAAA